AUGAGAAUUUUCAGCAGGGACUUUCGACUCCAAGAUAUCGCCGUCAUGUACUUCACAGCUUUGGCCACUCUCAUGAUCAUCCUUGUGGCUUCUUACCAGGCACCCACUUCUGCAGUAGAUAUCUCCAGUCUCCAGUCUGACCACGUCCUCCCUCCUCUGCCCAUGCCCUUCAGAGUGCUCCUGGAUCCCAAGGGAGAGCUGCAGCUGGCAUGGAAUAUCAGCUAUGCCAACCAGGAGGUGUAUAUGCAGCUCAGGGUGGCCAAGGUGCGGCAUGGGGUUGUACUGGGCAUGUCCGACAGAGGCGAGCUGACCAACGCGGAUCUGGUGGUGCUCUGGGAGAGUGGAACGGGAAGCUACUUUGGGGAUGCGUGGAGUGACAGUACUGGCCGUGUCUCCCUGGACCCUCAUCAGGAUUAUGACCUGAUCAGAGCUGAGCAGAGGGCAGAUGGGUUCUACCUCCUUUUCAAGCGAUCCUUUGCCACGUGUGACCCCAGAGACUACCUUAUAGAGGAUGGGACAGUGCACUUUAUCUAUGGGUUCCUGGACAAACCACUGAUGUCUCUGGAGAUGUUGAACCUGUCCCAGAUAGAGACUGGACUGCAGAGGGUGGUGGUGCUGCGCCCAGACAUCCCACCCCCCACCCUGCCUCCUGAUGUCAGCACCCUGGAUGUACGGUCCCCCAAUGUCAUCAUCCCCAGUCAGGAGACCACCUACUGGUGUUUUAUACAGAAGCUGCCUGAAAACAUGCCCAAGAACCACAUUGUGAUGUACGAGUCUGUGAUCACCCCGGGAAACGAAGCCAUAGUUCAUCACAUUGAGGUGUUUGAAUGUGCUCCAGAGGUACGCGAGGUCCCUGACUACAGCGGCUCCUGCGAUGACAAGAUGAAGCCCAGAAAACUCAACUCCUGCCGACAUGUGCUGGCUGCGUGGGCCAUGGGAGCAGAGGCUUUCUACUACCCCCCAGACGCAGGUUUGCCCAUUGGUGGACCUGAGGGUUCCAUGUUUCUCCGCCUUGAAGUCCACUACCACAAUCCUCUCAUCAUCUCUGGUCGCAAAGACAAUUCAGGAAUCAGACUGCACUUCACUCCCAGUCUGAGGAGAUACGACGCAGGGAUCAUGGAGCUGGGGCUGGUCUACACCCCCAUCAUGGCUGUUCCCCCCAGACAGCAAGCCUUUGACCUGAGCGGCUACUGCACCUCCAAAUGCACCCAGACAGCUUUACCUCAACAAGGGAUCUUCGUGUUUGCCUCUCAGUUGCACACGCACUUAGCGGGGCGUGCAGUCAGGACUGCGGUGAUUCGAGGAGGCAGGGAGGUGGAGGUGCUCUCACAGGAUCCUCACUUCAGUGCACAUUAUCAGAUGAUCCGCAGUUUGAGGAAGAUAGUACAUGUUUUACCAGGAGACGUCCUCAUUACUAAGUGCACUUAUAACACAGAAGAUAGGACCAAGCCUACAGUGGGAGGAUUUGGUAUCAUGGAGGAGAUGUGCGUUGACUACAUCCACUACUAUCCUCGAACUCAGCUGGAACUGUGUAAAACCCAUGUGGACCCCGGGUAUCUGCAAAAGUACUUCAGUUUCAUCAACAGGUUCCAUGGUGAUGACCAUUGCAUGUGCGGGAAUGGUGGUGUGACAGAACAAUAUGAGCAGUUGAAGUGGGAUGCAUUCAGUGGAGAGGUGCUGGACUCCUUGUACAACACAGCACCCAUCUCAAUGCACUGCAACCAGUCCUCUGCGCAGCUCUUUCCAGGAGACUGGGAGAGGCAGCCUUUACCGGUUGUAACAUCUGUCCUUCAAAAGCCUCACUACCCCUGUGAGGGUCCAGCUCAGCCAACCCCUGCACCCUGAGAAAAGCACCCGGGGAUGAUGGGAAAUCUCCACCAGAAGUCAUGACCUGAA